UUGAACAAAAUUUAAUGUUCCCUUUUGUAGAGAACAUCACGUCGAAUUAUUAUAACUGUGAAGAGAAGAAGACCAGCUCUAGCAGCGAGGAAGACCGCUGCAAAAGCACUCUAGUGAACUACCCCUACUCCGUGUCGAUACAAAAGAAGGGAGCCCAUUAUGCGUCAGGUGCUCUGAUCAAUGCACAGUCUGUGCUGACUACUGCAGGAGUAUUUUAUCAUGUAAGAGAAGCAAUCAAGCUCUUCCGAGUCCGACUAGGCUCCGUGGACUGCAAGAAAGGAGGGAUUAUUGUACCCAUCAAACGAGUAGAAAUCCACCCCUCCUACGAGUUCGGGAAGCCAUCAUUUGACCUGGCCCUCAUCAAGCUGGCCCGACCUGUCAACAAUACAGAUUAUAUCAAGCCCAUCCAGCUGUCAAGGAUUAAACAAGGCGUCGUCAGCGCAAAGUUCAUGACCACUUACUGGCCGAGGUUAAUUGUGAACGGCAACGUCCUUCCACACACAGCUAAGGAGCGCGUGAAGUAUCAGAGCAUGAGGGUGUCAAAACAGAAGCUGAUUCCGUGGAAGACCUGUGCUGCCAUGAUGCGGGCCAGAAGUGCUGUCCUGGAUGAGACCAGCUUGUGCCUGAAGCCAAUAGCUACACACCAUAGUGUUUGUAUGCCCGAUGUCGGAGCUCCAGUGGUAGCAGAAGACGGUCUCUGGGGCAUCACGUCAGGGUGGACCUCAAAGCAGUGUUCCAUCUACCCCAGCCCUACCAUCCUCACCAGAACCGCCAUGCCACCGGUGAGGACCUGGCUGGAGUCUGUGCUGUAAGAUUAGGAGAUGAGAGAAC